GCUCCCUUUGACACAACGCUGCUUUUUGAUCUGGCUUAGUUUUCUGUUUUGGGUUCGCCGUUCCAUUUUAAAGCUGUUGUUGUUGAACUCGUGCUGUCGAGGCCGUGGCCGAGAUGAAGACGUUCUGCGGACGCGCCAACCCGACCACAGGGGCCUUGGACUGGGUGGAGGAGAGCGAGGAGUACGACUACCACCAGGAGAUAGCAAGGUCGUGUUAUGCUGAUAUGCUGCAUGAUCAUGACCGGAAUCAGAAGUACUACCAGGGCAUUCGAGCCGCCGUGUCCAGGGUCAAGGCUCGUGGUGUGAAGGUUAUCGUCCUGGACAUCGGGACGGGGACGGGGCUGUUGUCCAUGAUGGCCGUCAGCGCCGGAGCCGACCUCUGCUACGCUGUGGAGGUUUUCAAGCCGAUGGCUGAUGCUGCCCAGAACAUCGUGAAGAAGAACGGCUUCUCCAACAAGAUCAAGAUCAUCAACAAACACUCGACUGACGUCACUGUGGGUCCAGAUGGAGAUAUGCAGAUGAAGGCCAAUGUGCUGAUCACUGAGCUGUUCGAUACGGAGCUGAUCGGAGAAGGGGCGUUACCGAGUUAUGAACACGCCCACCUCCACCUGGUACAGGAGGGCUGUGAGGCUGUUCCUCACCGUGCCACCGUCUAUGCCCAGCUGGUGGAGUCGGAGCUGCUGUGGAGUUGGGCUCAGCUGCAGCCAAUAGAGGUGGAUGGCGCCCGACUGGCCCCGCCCCCUGCCGUGGGCAUCUGUGCUGGAGCCCACUCGGUGUGUGACAUCCAGCUGAGCCAGGUGUCCCCUCAGAGCUUCACUGCCCUGGGGCCCCUCUGCACCAUGUUCAGUGUGGACUUCAGUAAACCAGUCAGCAGCGCCCUUCAGUCCUACUCUGCCCAGUUUGUGGCUCAGUCCAGCGGUCGGGCCCAGGUGGUUCUGUCCUGGUGGGACCUGGACAUGGACCCCAGUGGAAGCAUCGUGUGCACCAUGGCCCCCAGCUGGACCUACCAAGAACCAAAAACAGCCCCAUGGAGGGACCACUGGAUGCAGAGUGUGUACUUCCUGCCUGUGGAGAGCAGAGUCACCGAGGGGGAGGAGCUUAGUCUGACGGUGUGUCAUGACGACUACAGUCUGUGGUUCGACCUGAAAACGCACAGGCAGGAGGAGUGUCGGGCUGUGGCUCCGCCCCCUCGGCCGUGCUGUACCUGUCAGGCUCACCUGGUCUGGAAUCGGCCUCGCUUCGGUGAACUCAACGACAGACAUCGCACAGACAGCUUCGUGGCGGCGCUGCGCAGCGUUCUGAGGGAGGACAGCGUUUGUCUCAGCAUCUCCGAUGGAAGUCUACUUCCUGUGUUCGCUCACAUGAUGGGAGCCAAGAAGGUGUUCUCAUUGGAAAACUCCAGAAUGUCCAAGCAGGUUAUUGAACAGGUCCUGGAGGCCAACUCCAUCCAAGGGGGUGUGGACCUGUUGGAGGUCCGUCCUGAUCAGCUGACCAGUACAGAUCUGGGUGGAGAACAGGUCUCCGUCCUCAUGGGGGAGCCCUACUUCAGUACCAGCCUCCUACCCUGGCACUCGCUGUUCUUCUGGUUCUGCCGCUCCGCCGUGGCCGGCCUCCUCAAACCCGACGCCAGCAUCCUGCCGUGCACGGCCACGCUGCAGAUGGUCGCCGUGGAGUUCCAGGAUUUAUGGAGGAUACGAGCGCCGUGUGGGACGUGUGAAGGCUUCGACGUCACAGCGAUGGACGACAUGGUCCAGAAAUCUCUGGAUUUCCGUGAGUCCCGUGAAGCCGAGCCCCACCCACUGUGGGAGUACCCCUGCCGGGCCCUGACCCCCGCAGCAGGGGUCAUGACCUUUGACUUCACCCAGUGUGUCCCUCAGCAUCCGAUGGUCAGUGAAGGUUCACUGCCCUUCGUCAGGAGCGGCCGUUGCCAUGGCGUCGCGUUGUGGAUGGAGUACAACCUAACGGAGGAUGUUACCGUCAGCGGGGGACUGAUUGGACCAAUUGGUGAACAGGGUGAAUGCCAGUGGACUCCACACAGGAGACAGGGGGUGUACUUCUUCAGGUCGCCGUGGGAUACCACCGCCGACGCCAGAGCCGGAGUGUCAUACACCUUGACCUUUGAACCCAGUUUAGGAGACAUCAAGAUGGACUUCAGCAUCAAGUCUCAGUGACGACGGAUGAACCAAAGGGACUGUUUUAAGACUGUGGUUGGUGUUUUAACAUCAAUACUCACUGUUUAAAUGUCAUUACAGGAACAUUUUAAGUCCUGUUUUAUACUAAAUACAAAACCUAAAGAAUGUCUCUCUAACCCCUAGUACUUACUGAUAUUAUAGUCCCAGUAUUCCACAUAUAUACAUUACAUAUCCAAGGGGAUGUGACUGAUUUGAAGGUAAUUAUGUCCCAGAGCCAAAGCCAAAUCUGUUACUAUAGAAGUACUUACCCGUUUUCCUGUCACACAUUCAUGAAGGAGCUUUAAUCAUUCAACUGAAGGGACAUAACGUCUACGUCAGGGGUCACAUUCAGCCCAAUAUGAUCUAAAGUGGAUCAGACCAGUAAAAUAACAGAAUAACCUAGAAAUAACCUUUGUUUUAGUGCAAAAUAGUC